AGAUCAAAGUCUUCCAAAUCCGCUCGUCCGGUGUGGUAUUUCAGCAUUGUCGCUUUCGCCAUUUGAUAAUAUUACUUAUUGCUUUUUUAUUUUCUUUUUUUUCCUCUCUCUCUCCGCUUUGCGUCAAGGUUCAACUUCAUUCCGUUUUCUGUGAAGGCGUUGCGGGCAUUAUUUGCUGGGGUUGUCGUGACACGUAUCGGAUAGACGUAAACCGCCGCGUAACGGAACGCAGCAAAGAGAAGGUUUCACACGCGCACGCACGUGCACCCUUUCUCGCGUGUUUAACUCGCUGCGGCAAAACUGCGUGCAACGUACACAGCUGUGCUCUUUUUCGGUUUCGUCCUUAUUUCCCUCGUCCGGUAGAAGCAAAACAACGGCGCACAGGAUUCGUUGACGCGCCGCAUCGCAAGCUAUCGUAAACCUCUUUCAUUUCCUCUUUUCCCUUUUUUCACUGCGAAAAUGCUGAACCCGCAGUUUACACGCAUGCCCCCGACGUCGGCCGCGCCGAUGGGCGGGGUAGGGGGCGACGUGGCGGAGCUCAUUCGGCGCGAAAUCGCCAGCAAGCAGCCCGACGGCGACGCGGAGGCCACCGCACGCCUCGUCGAGCACAUCCGCCGCGGCAGUGGCGACAUCGUGUUGCAGGAGAUCCGCCAGCACUUCAAAUACAAUCCUCCCGCUACGCAGAUCCGCAUGAUGACGGUGAUGGACCAAUGCCUCAUCAACAGCGGCCCCCAGUUCGCCGUCAUGCUCUCCUCGGAGAAGUGGACAGACCGGCUGUUCAAGGUGGCCAAGACGACCACCUCGCCCGAGGUGCGGGACAAGAUUAUGCAGACCACCAUCACGUGGUACCAGCGCUACCACACCAACGGCCACCAACGUCUGCUUCACCGCUUCCAGCAGAGCCACACCCUCGGCGACCCCUUCCACCGCAUCGCCGCCAAGACGGUCAAGGAGCAGCAGUCGCAGCGCAGUGAAGAGCAGCACCGCCAGCGCAACUUCGCCAACCUCGACACCGCCAACCGCAACGACAUCCUCGACACCGAGGACACCAUCCUGCUGCAGUGUCAGGGCGACUUGGCCUCUCUGGAGUACGCCCUGGAGCACCCACACAUCCUGCCCGACACGGAGAUCGCCUCCGAGUGCAAGGCGCACAAGCUGGUGUGCAUGCGAAUGCUGGAGUCUGGCGAGCACGAGCGUAUUGCGGCGGAGCUGAUGAGCCUCAUUGAGCGCUUUUCCGAAGCACUCGACCUCUUCGAGGCGAUGACGGGCGUGGACGUGGGGGAGGGGGCGGCGUCGAAGAUGCGCGCGCUCGAGGACGACGACCUCAACGAGGCCGACAGCGACGACGACGACCAGCAAAAGCAGCUGCGCCGGAAGCGUGCGUGCGGUGCCGCGGGCGCUGGCCAACAUGCCGACGCUGCUGCGGUGAUGAUACAGGCGCAGCAACAGACAGAGGACUUGAUGAACCGCGAGCGCACCGAGACGGAGCACCUGCGCCAGCAACUGGAGGAGCUGCGCCAGAAGCACGAGGAACUACAGAACAAGUACAAGGAUGCCAAGGUCAAAAACAAGGAGGUGGUCAACAUGCUGAAUCAGUACGCGGAGCGCGUGGAGGUGCUCGAGAAGGGCGGCAGCGGCGCCGGCGCUGGCUUCUCGCCUCUCCCCGUCUUCGGGGCCGUUUCUGUUGGCGCCGGCAAGGCGCCUGGCAGGGCAGCGGUGUCCGCCUCGGUGGUGGCGGAGAUGCGCAGCAACUUGUCUUCGAUCCGCAAAGGCCUGCGCGAGAUUCGCGACAUGCGCUGCGCCGACAUGGUCAAGGAGAGCAGCUACUUCGCCGCGCAGAUCUCCAACGCCAUGGCGGCGAUGGUGCAGGCCAGCGAGAACGACCGCCAGGCCGACCGCAAGGCGCUGCAGUGGACGCAGGAGCUGUACAAGCGCGAGAUGAAGCUACGCAAGCAGUACUACAACACGAUUCAGGAGCUCAAAGGCAAUAUCCGCGUGUACUGCCGUGUGCGGCCGAUGCUGCAGAAGGAGCUGGACGGCGGCUACACCGACGUCAUGUCCUUCCCGACCGAGGACGAGGUGAAGUUCACCGAUGCGAGCGGCCGGCCGAAGUUGUUCGAGUUCGACGAAGUUUACUCGCCUGCGGAUCCGCAGUCGAAGGUGUUCGAGGACACAUCGCCGCUCAUCGACAGCGUGGUGGACGGCUUCAACGUGUGCAUCUUUGCCUACGGCCAGACCGGCAGUGGCAAGACCUUCACGAUGGGUGGUGGUGAAGGCGAGACGAAGGGCAUCAACACUCGCGCCCUGGAGCGUCUUUUCCAGAUUAUCGAAGACCGCAAGGAGACGGAGGUGUCGACGGUGACCGUCUCCGUGUUGGAGAUCUACAUCGAGCAGAUUCGCGACCUGCUGGCAACAAAGAAGGAGGCGGCGGGUCUGACCUACGAAGUGAAGCAGGGCGGCCCAUACGGCACCUACGUGACGAAUCUGAAGGAGGUCCCGGUGACGUCGCCGCGCGACAUUGACAGCAUCAUGGCAACUGCGCAGACACACCGCAGCGAGGGCAUGACGAACAUGAACGAGCACUCGUCGCGCUCGCACAUGCUUCUAUACAUCAUCGUUCGCACGACCAAUAAGCAGACGAACAUGCAGAGCUACGGCAAGCUGUCCCUCAUCGAUUUGGCCGGGAGUGAGCGCCUGGACAAGAGCGGUGCGGAGGGCCAGCGGCUGAAGGAGGCCGUGUCGAUUAACAAGUCGCUCUCGGCCCUCGGUGACGUGAUUGCCGGAUUGGCGCAGAGCUCCAAGCACGUGCCGUUUCGCAACUCCGUCCUCACCUUCCUCCUCCAGGACUCCAUGGCUGGGCAGGCGAAGGUGCUGAUGUUUGUCUGCGUGAGCCCCGCGAGCUACAACGCCAGUGAGUCGGGUAGCUCGCUGUUGUUCGCCUCGCGUGCGCGCGGUGUGGCCUUUGGCCAGAUCAAGAAGAACGCUACCACGGAGUCGAAGGAUGAAAAACAGAAAUGA